AUGUUUACGGAACUUCGUGUAAACGGUACUCAGAGAAUGUUUACGGAACUUCGUGUAAACGGUACUCAGAGAAUGUUUACGGAACCUCAUGUAAACGGUACUCAGAGAAUGUUUACGGAACCUCAUGUAAACGGUACUCAGAGAAUGUUUACGGAACCUCAUGUAAACGGUACUCAGAGAAUGUUUACGGAACUUCAUGUAAACGGUACUCAGAGAAUGUUUACGGAACCUCAUUUAAACGGUACUCAGAGAAUGUUUACGGAACUUCAUGUAAACGGCACUCAGAGAAUAUUUACGGAACUUCGUGUAAACGGUACUCAGAGAAUGUUUACGGAACCUCAUGUAAACGGUACUCAGAGAAUGUUUACGGAACCUCAUGUAAACGGCCGGUUCCGUAAACAUUCUCUGAGUUUCGUGUAA